AGGAUCAAUCAAAUAUGCAAGCAAAGUGUAUGCGGUGAAGAAAAGCUCUACCUCGACAGAAGUUCUUCCUUAUGUCCUAACAACAAAAUGCUUUACUUGGAGGUGAAAAGAGGGUGUUCUAGUUAAAGGACAAACAAUAACCAGGCUGAUGACGAUGCUGCUUGGUUCGAUGUGGCUGCUGUUGGCCUUCUCUCUGGUGUUUACCCCUGUGUCAGACGGAGCCUGUUUAACUCAGGAGUUUACCUGCUCUCGGGGGUUAUGUGUGCCCAAGGACUGUGUGUGUGACUUCACUGAUGACUGUGGAGAUGGCAGCGACGAGGAAGACUGCUCCAGAUAUACGAGAUGUGACUUUGAGGAGGGAUUCUGUGACCUGAUCCAGAGCUCAAAGACGCUCUCUGGAUGGACCAGAACAACUGAGGUCCUGGGGCUCAAACAUGAUCACACCAACAACGCAUCAGCUCAUUUCCUGUCCCUUUCACCUGUCAGAGGAAACAGAACCACAGCAGACCUGAACAGUCCCGUCUUCCUGCCCAGUCAGACUUGCCAGAUGAGUUUCUACCAUUAUGUUGGAGCAAAAAAUGGAGAUCUUCAGGUCUUGGUUCAGACUCACACGCUGGGUCAGAGCACAGAGGUGUGGAAAAACGCCACACAACCACAGAUGGAAAUGUGGCCGCGGACAGUGAUUACGUUUUCCAGCAAUCACAGUUUUCAGGUGUUGAUUCGAGGGCAACUUUCAGCAGACAGUGAAGCCUCCGAGGUCCUGGCCAUCGAUGACCUAUCCUUCAGUCCGGGCUGCGUGACUGUGCCUGCAGACAGCAGUGUACCCACUCCUCCUGUUUGCCCUCCCUCGUUGUUUGCCUGUGGCAGUGGGGAGUGUAUCGAGGAGAGCAAAGUGUGUGACUUCACCUCACAUUGUCCUCAUGGAGAGGAUGAAGCCAACUGCCCCUCUGAGUGCGACUUUGAAGGUGCUAAUUGUGGCUGGUAUGAGCUCACCCUUGGCGAUGGCUUUGACUGGGUCAGGGGCUCUUCUAUGGAGGUACCUCCAGACUAUUAUGGCCACCCACCACCUCUGGACCACUCUACAAACAGCACUGAAGGCCACUUCAUGUUUAUACUGAAGAACAGUAGCAGUCUUUAUCCAAGGGCUGUUCUCCGAGGACCCUGGUUCAAACAGUCAGCCUCCGGGUGUACCAUGACCUUCUGGCAUUAUAACUCAGGCAUAUCUGUGGGGGCUGCAGACAUGUACCUCCGAAUCAACGGAGUCCAAAACAACACUCUCAUAUGGAGGACUUUGUACGACCAGGGAACCCGUUGGAACCAGGUCACCGUACAGCUGGGACGCAUCACACAGUCCUUCCAGAUCGCACUGGCUAAGAUCAGCCUUGGUGUGUUUGAUGGGGUCUCCGCCUUGGAUGAUGUUAUCUUCAAGAACUGUUCGAUGCCCCCGACUGUGGCAGAGUGCCCCGCGCACACACAUUUCCACUGCGUGCAUACGAAGGCAUGUGUGGAGCACUUGCAGCUCUGUGACCUCGUGGAUGACUGUGGGGAUGGAUCUGAUGAGGAGGAAUGUUCUCCAGAGCUGCAAUGUAACUUCGAGCAUGGGUUGUGCAGCUGGAAACAAGAACAGAGUGGAGGAGAUGUGUUUGACUGGACCCGCAUCCAAGGCCCCACUCCGUCCUUUAACACGGGGCCCUGGAAGGACCACACACUGGGCACCAGCUACGGCCACUACCUCUACAUCGAGUCCUCUGUCCCGCAGGAGUUCAAGGACACAGCUGUGUUGCUGAGCAGAGUCUUCCAACCCACCCACCAGCGCGGCAAGUCCCGCCACCACUGUGUUUUCCGCUUCCAUUACCACAUGUUCGGCUCACAUGUGUUCUGCCUGGGAGUGUACCUCAGGACCACUGCCACAGGCCGUGGGCACAUGCUAUGGGUACGAUAUGGAGACCAAGGAAACUUAUGGCACAGGAAGACUCUCUACCUGAACAGCGCUCGGCCUUUCCAGAUUUUGAUUGAAGGUACAGUUGGAGAUGACUUCAAUGGAGACAUUGCCAUUGAUGACCUUUCCUUCCUGGACUGCGACCCAUAUGAAGGAGAGCUCCCUACACCGAAUACCACAACCCCUGCAGUGACCACUCCAGCCCCCAUAGUUCAGCCCCACAGCUGCCCUGAUGGAGAGUUUGCGUGUAGGGCACAUGGGGAGUGUGUUGCCAACAGCAAAGUGUGUGACUUUAGACAGGAUUGUUCUGAUGGCUCAGAUGAAUUAAACUGUGUGAAGGAAAGGUGCGAUUUUGAAGGCGGUGACACUUGUGGUUGGACGGGUGUCGACUCCUCUUUGGUCCCAAUCCACAUAUUUCGCUGGUCACCUGACCAAGGGGAGAGCAUUCAUGAUGGAGAGCAGUACCACCGUCCUAUUAAUGACCACACCCUAGGCAGUCCAGAUGGCUGGUAUAUGUGUGCAGACAGUUCAAAUGGCGGCUAUGGUCAAACCACUGACCUCCAGACACCUGUCAUCUCCUCCACUGGGCCACAGUGCACCCUGGUCUUCUGGUACUACAUGAGUGGAUUCACAGUUGGAUCACUGCAAGUGCUGUUGAAGUAUGGAAACAUCUCUCAUGAGGUUUGGUCUCAGACUGGUAACCAAGGCAACAAAUGGAAACGAGGGGAAGUGUUUCUGGGCUUAUCAAACACCUUCCAGGUGGUAUUCAGGGCGAAGCGAGGGAUCAGCUACAUGGGCGAUGUGGUGAUAGAUGAUGUCAGCUUCCUGCACUGCUCCCCUCCUCUUCCUUCAGACCAGCCGUGUACACCUGAGCAGUACGCCUGCGCUAAUGGCCACUGCAUCCCCCAGGACAACCUGUGUGACUUCAUCAACCACUGCGGGGACAACUCUGACGAGGACCCCUACAUCUGCAAGGGCUUUAGCGGGCGCUGCAGUUUUGAGUUUGACCUCUGUUCCUGGCGUCAGUGUCGACAGGAUGACUUUGAUUGGCUGAUCAAAGCGGGCAGCACUCCGACAGUUGGCACCGGGCCAUCAAGUGACCACACCCUGAGAGACCCCUCGGGGCACUACCUCUACCUGGAGAGCUCCUUCCCCCAGGCAGCCGGAGACAUCGCCCGCAUAUCAGGACCCUUACUGAGCCGCAGGAGCUCACAGUGCAAGAUGCGUUUCUAUUUUCACAUGUCUGGAGAUGGCAUCGGGACCCUCGGCGUGUUCAGGAAGAGCGAAGGACAUCAUCAUCUCCUUCUGAACCUGACGGGAGAUCAGGGCAACUACUGGCAGAUGAGGGAGAUCCCGCUGAGCUCCACCAGGGACUUUCAGGUCAUGUUUGAGGGCAAGGUGGGCCGAAGUCCAAAGGGUGACAUCUGCCUGGAUGACAUCACUUUCUCUCCAGGGUGUCUGCUCGCCUCCUCAGCUGGAGUAGAGGACAACACUCCUCCGCCUCUUGCAGGCUCCUGCCCUUCAGGAUUCCUGCCUUGUGAAAAUGGCCGGUGUUUCACUCCAGUGCAGAGCUGUGACUUCACAGAUGACUGUGGCGAUGGCACUGAUGAAAAGGAUUGUGCGACUUCCUGCUCCUUUGAGAAUGGCCGCUGUGGCUGGAAGAGCUCCCUGGCCGAUAAUUUUGACUGGACGCUAGGGACUGGCUCUGUCGAAAGCAUACAGCCUCCACAUGAUCACACUUUGAUGGAUGAAACUGGUCAUUUUGUCUAUCUGGAAGCUACACCAGUGGGACUCAAAGGUGAUAAAGCUCAUAUUAGGAGCUCUGUUUGGAAAGAGUCGAGUGCCAUCUGCAAGCUCUCCUUCUUCUACUACAUUUCCCACAAGGCCUCAGGAACAAUCCGCCUGCUGAUCAAGACAGAGAACGAUUUGUGGGAGGUGUGGAACAAAACGGGGCAUCAAGGGAAUAAAUGGAACCAAGCAGAGAUCCCUCUGAGGAAGCUGAGGAACUUUGAGGUGAUUUUUGAGGGGAUUCGCUCGUUCGACGUGAGUGGAGGAGCUGCCCUGGAUGACCUGGAGUUCAUAGACUGUGCCCCAAAUGUUGUGGAGCCAGUCAGCUGUCCUGCAGUCACAGACUUUGUGUGUCGCAGUGGCCACUGCAUCGAGUCCCACUGGGUGUGCGACUACAAGGCCGACUGUGCUGAUGAAUCAGAUGAGAUAGACUGCGACCACAUAGUUGGCUUGCCAGGCGCUUGUAAUUUCAACAUGGAUGAAAACCAGUGGGAAGAGACCUGUCAGCUUUCUCAGGAUGCUGAUGAUGACUUUGAUUGGAGGAUCGGUCAUCGGAGUGAGACACCAGGAGCCGGACCUCACACUGACCACAGUCCUGGUGGUGAAGGGAACUUCCUGUACAUACACUCAGCCGUUCAAAGGGAGGGCGACGUUGCCAAGGUGACAACCAGGAGUCCAUUUCCUGCCAGUAUCGGCUUGUGUCACCUGCGCUUCUGGUUCUACAUGCACGGCUCUGACAGGAUGGGAACACUGAAGGUCUACACUGUUGGACCCAGUGGCACCAGUCUGCUGAUGUGGGCAGCCACUGGAAAGCAUGGUAACCAGUGGACAUACGCUAAUUUCAUCCUGUCCAACCCAGCACCUUUCAGAGUGACCUUCCAGGCAGAGGUGGGUGGAGAUAUGUGGACAGACAUUGCUUUGGAUGACAUCUCCUAUACUGCAGAGUGUAUGGUAGAAGGACCAGUAACUCCCAGGCCCCUCACCUGUGGUGUGGACCAGUACCAGUGUACGUACUCCUUUCAAUGUAUCCCAGAGAGUUGGAGGUGUGACGGAGAGCUGGACUGCGCCGACCAGUCCGAUGAAGAGUUUUGUCCCACUGUGGUACCUGGUACUCUUCCUCCUCAGGAUCGCUGUCCUAUUGGAUAUUACCAGUGUUUGAAUGAUUUCUGCCUGCCCUCCAUACUGCGCUGUGACGGCGUCCCAGACUGCCCUGAUGGAGAGGAUGAGUACAGCUGCCCUCUGCUGCAGUGUGAGCUGGGAGAACUGGUGUGUGAAGCUUUGCCUGGUUGUAUCCCUCUUCAGAAGCGUUGUGACCACUCUGACGACUGUCUGCCUUUUCACUCUGAUGAAUCCAGCUGCCAUGAUUGCCCUCCGCUGUAUUGCCUGGAUCGCGGCUCAUGCCAUGUGGAGAGACACGGGCCUGUCUGCAUGUGUUAUCCAGGAUGGACAGGCAACCGUUGCCAUGUGAUGGAGAAACCAUCUAUCUCCACCUCGUCACCCAAACCAGAGGACACACAGCUGGAUGCUGUGUAUGUUGGCAUCGCCAUCGGACUGCUGCUGCUCGUAGCCGGAGGCGCUGUCUGCGUUCUGGCUUUAUACAAGAAAAAAUGCUACUUAAUAAAGCCCCACCCGAUGGACUACAGGGUGAUGGAUAACCCAGCCUUUGACUGGAGAGCAGAGCUCCCGUCCUUGCAUAAAAGACCAGGCAGUUGUCCCAGAGUUAACCCCAGCAAGAGUGAUGGUCAGGGGCUGUCCAUCAGCGUCUACCCCUGGAGGAGGGAGGUGGAGCAGGGUUUGACCUGGAAAGAUGCCAAGAUGUCCUUCCCCAACCCAUUGUACAAUUACCCCCCUGAUGCUAAUGCCACUGACUACAAAAGCUCUGAAGCAUAAAAACAAUGGACUUUACAUACUGACACUGCAGUAGAUCUGGGUCAAACAGUGUUCACAUACUUGAUGAGUUUGUCUUGACCUGCUGAGCUGCCAAUUCGGGGGGGAAACAAAGAAACAAGUGGAAGAAAGUUCAGAUAUUUUGAAGGGUAGUAUUUGAAUGUCAAUUCUGAUACACUGCUGUUGCUGUUGUGAUUGACAACUAAAUGUUAUACCCCCCAUCCAUCUGGUACUGUGUGUGAAAAUAAAAUCUGAAACGGCUGCACACUAA